GAUGGUGAAGGAGGAGAGUGAAGAACUGAGUGAAGAUGAGGAGAAACAUCAUGUCAAGAGUGAAGAAGAAACUCAAUUGAAGAUGGAACAUAGUUCAUCAGUAAAAAGAACAGCUGUGAAAUGUUUCACCUGCACUCAGUGUGGAAAGAGUUAUAACCUCAAAGAGAUUCUCAAGCGCCACAUGAUCAUUCACACUGGAGAGAGACCUUACAAGUGUUCACACUGCGACAUGAGAUUCAAUAAUAGAGGAAACCUGAAAACACACAAGCUGAUCCACACUGGAGAGAAAACACACAGAUGUGAUCACUGCAGUAAAACAUUUAAGAGGCCUGCAGAGCUGAAGAACCAUCUUAGGGCUCAUACAAAGGAGAGGCCGUAUUCAUGUUCAGAGUGUGGAAAGAGUUUUACACGACAGUUAAGUUUAAAUGAACAUCAGAAGAUCCACACUGGUGUGAGAGAGUUCGUGUGCUUUGACUGUGGGAAGACUUUUAUUACAGUUAGAGCCUUGAAAAUGCACCAGAUGAUUCACACUGGAGAGAGACCGUACGUGUGUUCACACUGCAACAAAGCAUUCAGACAAUCAGGACACCUGAAAGCACAUGAGAUGACUCACACUGGAGAGAAACCAUUCACAUGUACUCAGUGUGGGAGAAGUUUCAUACGAUUAUCAAACCUUAAUAAACAUGUGCUGAGUCACACUGCAGAGAAAAAUCAGGACUUAAAAAAGCAGAAUGAAAUCUCCCUUCCUGUAAACUCUACUCUAUAUUCACACACACCAGAUUUUUCAGUUAAACAGCCCCUGUUAUGCAUUAUAAAAGGUCCUAUUUUGGUUUUGGGGUCUCCAACAACAGGCUGAUGUGAACACAAGCUUAAAGAACACUGGUAUUGUCAUUUAAUAUGCAUUUAUUUUCACCUAAUGAUCCCAACGACUCCCUUAUGAUUUGUUCGGUGAAUCGUUUUGUCCAAACCCUUCCUUUAUGUGACGCUAAUCUGCGGUGAUUGCUCUGAUGACCCAGUCUGUUUUGGUUGGUCGACUGCAUUCAAAGCGAGGCUGAUAGGAAACGCCCACCACAGCUUUUCAAUACACUGGAGCAACUAUGACGUCGGUUUGUAUACAUAAGCUAAUCUAGUGUAUGCCUAUUACAUUUGCUUUUAAAUUUUAGUUAAUUUUAACAUUUUAAGGGCCUAAUUAAAGUUUCACUUCAAAUGAUUAAGGUGUUUUUUGUCUACAUUAGCGAUUGUUAACAUAGAUAUAUACACUAGAUAUUGUAUACAGACCCUGAGCAUGCGUCAAUAGCGCCGCCACAUUUGUACAGUGCUCCCAGGGCAAAUGUCAUUCAACCGCACCAGUCAAGACUAAAGCCAAUGUGAAGAUACUGGCCUUUAGCUACGGGUGUAGUGAGGAGACAACAAAGCAUAAAGGCAGAACAUUUCAUAGGUAAGAUUUCAUUUGAACGUUUUUGUAUGUUACUUACUUUUGUGCUCAACAAGUAUUGAUGAUAAUGCAGUCUCUUACUGCACUGACCAUAAGCCAAAGCAGCACCAACUCGCACUUAAUAGGCUUAUGCUAGUUUUGGUGAAUAAAAUCAGCAAACAAUCUAACUAAAAUAUGACAACAAAAUGCUCUGAUGCCAGAAACUUGUAUUAUUGUCGGCUAAGAGAAUGAGUUGUUCAUUCUCAUUCGAGUUGAUUCGUUUACAAGUGAAUCGCUCCCUCCGUUAGCAUUAGAAGUGAAAGCAGGGGGUGUGUUUCAGGACACGGAUUAGAUCAAAUUUAACAGGGAGGGAAGAUAAUACAUUUCCAUACACAAGCACACGCUAUUUAUCAGUAAUGCCCGCACGGUCACUAAUCCAUCAAUGUAGAUAAGUGAUGUAAUAUAAUUUUCGUAAUUAAAGAAUUAAUUGCAUACUGACCACUGGGAAAACUCCCAAUCAUACAUAUUUGUAUAUGUGUAUAUAUCUCUGGCUCUGGAUGGUUCAGUUCUCCACUACACCUUGGUCCCACAUUUAUUUUAAAAGAACGCUACCCUGUACUAAAAUGGCGGCUCUAUUGACCAUUCCUUUCAAUAGACAACAAUAGCGUAGACGACAUCUAAUGUAAAUAUCUAUGGCUUGUGAAUACUGCUUACAGCAGUGUUUUUGACAAAAUCCUGUUGCGCCCACUUACCGCCUCGCUCAGGAAUAAUUUGUUUUAUACAUAUGCCUGUCAGCCAUGAAGCAUAUGCCUGUUAC